AUGGAGGGAAUCAGAUGGCGGAGAAUGGUGUGUGCAUGGGUGGACUGCCCCGAGAGGGCGGGGAUGACAACCCCUCUACGAGAGACACCUUCCCUGUCCCUGCAGGCUGCGCAAGGCGAGGCUGGCGUGGGCUACUUCCUCGCAUGUGGGGUCUGUGGCGGUUGGGUCCUACCGUGUGAGAGCUGCGGUGCGCUGAAGGAAGGCGAAGAGGGCAGCAACGACGACGCAUGCAACGAACGCGGCGAGGAGGGUUGGGCGUGGUGCGGCAAGUGCGGGUAUCCCAAUAUCCUCGCACCGACCGCCCGUGCCCGUCACGGGCUCGACCCUGUGCCUCUGUGGCCCAUCACUCCCACGCGCACCAGGGCGGCGCAGCGGGCCAUCGGAGAGGGGGCUCACGCGCGUACCCUGGUGGCGCUUCUCGAGGUACGGGCCGGCGUCAGGCGCUCCCUUGCUCUCAAGCGAAAGUCCUCCCCAUCCACAACCGCCGUUGCAGGGGGCUACCCGAAACGGCACUGCAUCGCCACCGAUCGCCACCAUCCUCGUACUCCACCACCACCACCACCACCACCGGAGUUGCCACUCGGACCCCGUGCGCUUCACCACCCACCGAACAGCACUCUCGGAGGAGAUCAGAAACCGGCGGAGGAAGCUGAGGAAGACGAGAAGCAGCAGGAGCAGGAGCAGGAGGAGGGUCAGACUGACGCGGAGGCGCGAGCCUAUGGGCGGCUGUGGGCAUACGCGGACCCCGCCAUGCGCCUCCGCGACAACGACGUCCUUCGCGCCUAUUCACCGCUCCAUCGCCUUUCUCGCUUCACCGCGACCCACCUUCAGUUGCUUGAAACCCUAUACGCUGACGACCUUCGCCUUGAGACUGGGCACGCACGAUCACUUACGGGCAGAACCUGGGUCACUUGCAUGAUGCUCGUGGCCACCGCAUUUCAGCGAGAGCCCGUGCUUUCCUCCGCGGCUUGGCGCCAUCCCAGACUGAGCAGGUGGGGUUGUGGACACUGGGCCAGCUGGCAGUUGAACCAGAGGGCAGACCGCAGCACCUGGUGGCAGGUGAAUGCCACAUUGCAUCAGCACUUGUUCACGCACAAAAGCCAAGCCAUCAGCAGAGAGGAGAUGGUGCAGGUGUUGCUGGCGCACAUCAAUGUGGAGGUGGGGCGUAUCUCAAUGGCUGCAGGUGCCACAGACCACGACAAGGUUGUGCAUGCCCAAAGUUGCAUACCCAUCUGGUUGCGAGCCCACCAAUCUCUCUCCUCUGCUCUGGAAUGCCCUCAGGGAGUGAUUUAUUUUGGGCAAAAGAAAUAA